AAGACAUGGCCAGGCUGGACGUGACAGAGACCUUCCAUCACAUCUCAUUCCCUGGGCACAUUCACACCCAGGACUCCCUGAACUAUGCCCUCCACUUCCAGUUCCAGGACAGGGACACUGUCAUCGCCACCUACCCCAAAUCAGGGACUACCUGGAUGCAGGAGAUUGUCACUCUUGUGAAAAACAGAGGGGACCCACAACUCUCCAAAACUGUUCCCAACUGGGCCCGAGCCCCCUGGCUGGAACAGCAUUACAGUGCAAAGUUGCUGGAGGCCACCCAGGGGCCCCGAAUCAUCACCACUCACCUGCCCUACAACCUGCUGGCUUCUGCACUCCAGGGCUCCAAAGCUAAGGUCAUCUAUGUCGCCAGAAACCCCAAAGAUGUUGCUGUGUCCUAUUACCACUUCCAUAAAAUGGCCAAGUUCCUCCCAGAACCCAAUUCAUUUGACAAGUUUCUGGAUAGUUUUCUGGAGGGAUCAGUGAGUUAUGGGUCCUGGUUCGAUCAUGUGAAAGGCUGGACGAGUCAAGCAGGAGUCUUGGCAAAUGUUCUAUACAUCUCUUAUGAGGAGAUGUGGCUGGACCUGCAAGGCUCGAUGGAGAGGAUCAGCUCUUUCCUGCAGUGCCCCCUGGUGGGCGAGGAGUUAACCAACUCCAUGAGACACUGCAGCUUCAGCAGCAUGAGAGACAACGCCAUGGUGAACUACACUCUAAUCCCAAAGGAGAUCAUGGACCACAGCAAAGGCAAAUUCAUGAGGAAAGGUAAAAUCGGUGACUGGAGAAACACUUUCACAGAGGAGCAGAUUGGUCUUUUCGACACCGUCUACAGCUACCAGAUGCAAGACUGUCCCCUGACCUUCAUGUGGGAGUGUUCUCCUGAGUCCUGUGGGGGAGGAGGAGGAGGACAGGCUUCUGGGGAUCAGGAUGGGGCCCUUAUCCUCCAUGACGCCGGAGAUUGAUGGAUACGCUUCAUACAAGCCCUGGAAUUCUCUCACUGAUCUUCUCUGUGUUUUUGUGAAUGUACAUAUAAUGUACAUAACCCAAUAUAGUAAAACGAUAUAAUACAAUUGAUAUGCUAAUAUAACAAAAAUAUUGUGUGUGACCUAUUUGUUGUUGUAGUUGGGUUUUUCCACCUCUAAAAAAAUCGAAAUGUUACAGUUAACUGAAUGAGAGUGAAGUUUCUCCUGCAUCUUGGCUUGUGCUGCAAUAGCUAGAUGAAUAAACCAUGUCUCCUCCCUA